AUGUUAAGAUGUGAUUCUGUUCGACAAAAAGAAAAAAAUGAUUGGAAAGUUCUUGUUAUGGAUCGUUUAGCAACAAGAAUUAUAUCGGCAUCAUGUAAAAUGCAUGAUAUUAUGUCGGAAGGAAUUACAAUUGUUGAAGAUAUUAUGAAGAAACGUGAACCGUUAGCAAUGCUUGAAGCUGUCUAUUUUAUUCAGCCAAAUGAAAAAUCGAUUAAUGAACUAAUAAACGAUUUUGAUAAAGCACAUGCAUUAGUACCUAAAUAUAAAGCUGCACAUAUAUUUUUUACUGAAGCAUGUAAUUCCGAAUUAUUUACACGAUUAACUCAAUCAAAAUGUGCAAAACAUAUAAAAACAUUACGUGAAGUUAAUAUCGCAUUCUUACCGUAUGAACGACAAGUAUUUACACUUGAUUCACCAGACACAUUUUAUAUAGCAUUUAAUCCAACACCAUCACCAUAUCGUGCUGCACAUCUCGAUGUUAUUGCUGAACAAAUAGCUACAUUAUGUGCAACACUUGGAGAAUAUCCAAUUAUUCGAUAUCGAGCAGAGAAUGAAAAAUUACUUGAAUUUGCCAAUGCAGUUCAACAAAAAUUAAAUCAAUAUAAAGCCGAUGAUUCAACUAUGGGCGAGAGCGCUGAUAAAGCUAAAUCAGUAUUAUUAAUAUUAGAUCGUGGUUUUGAUGCUGUAUCACCAUUACUUCAUGAAUUAACAUUUCAAGCAAUGGCAUAUGAUGUCUUGAAAAUUGAUAAUGAUGUUUUCGAGUAUGACGUUCAGACACCUGGUAGUGAUCCAAAGAAUAAUUCAGGACAAAAACAAAAAGUUAUAUUAGAUGAAAAUGAUGAGCUUUGGACUGAACUUCGUCAUCAACAUAUAGCUACGGUUACAACGAGUAUUACAAAAAAAAUCAAAGAUUUUGCAACACAAAAUCGUGUUAAAGAUUCUGAUCAAAAAGAACGUACUACAAUGAAAGAUCUUUCAUUGAUGAUUAAAAAAAUGCCGCAAUAUCAAAAAGAACUAAACGCUUAUGCACUUCAUUUUAUAAUUGCUGAACAAUGUAUGAAUGCAUAUAAUCGUGAAUCCGGAGAAAAAUUAUGUUCGGUUGAACAGAAUUUAGCAAUAGGUACGGAUGCAGAAGGUGAACGCAUCAAAGAUCAUAUGCGUAAUAUUGUACCAUUAUUACUUGAUAAUGCUAUUGCUAUUGAAGAUAAAUUACGUAUUAUAAUGUUAUAUAUUCUUCAUAAAAAUGCUUAUUGUUCUACAGCACCUGAAACAUACGGGAUUACGGAAGAGAAUUUAGACAAAUUAUUAAGUCAUGCAAUAAUUCCUACCGACAAGAAAAAUAUAAUAUCAAAUAUGCAAUAUUUAAAUUUACAAAUUAUACAAGAUCCAAAUCGAGCUGGACGACGAAAAAAUAUUCCACAAACAAGAAAAGAACGUCCAGAACAAGUGUUUACAAAUUCCAGAUGGACACCUUAUGUAAAAGAUAUAAUGGAGGAUGUUAUUGAUGAUAAACUUGAUUCAAGACAAUUUCCUACGAUUGGCGGCGGACAAAGAGCUCCUACAGCUGCCUAUUCUGCUACAAGUUCUCGAGGAUUUGGUGGUUGGAUGAAUAAUAAAAAAGGGCCAACUUAUUCUGGUCCACGUUUAAUUGUAUUUAUACUUGGUGGUGUUGCUUACAAUGAACUUCGUUGUGCUUAUGAAGUAACACAAAGUAAUUUAAAGAAAUGGGAAGUAUUUAUCGGCAGUGAUCAUAUAACAACUCCGAAACAAUUUCUUCGUGAUCUUGAAAUGAAAUUAAGACAAGAGGAUGAACAAUAG